UUUCUACUUCAGCCAUACCUUCCGACGUCCUUACAGUUAGGACUGACAUUGGUGUCCAAGUCAACACCCUUGACGCAGUGCGGAGCCAGCCACUAAGCAUUGCUGCGAUCCGAGAUGAAAAAGCCCUCAAUGUUGUUACUGGUCUGCCCUGCUUCCAGCUUUUCUACAACUUGUGUGACCUAUAUACAGAUCGUAGACUACUUUCACAUGCAAAGGGAUUUUGCAUCUCAAAUGAAGACGCCGUGCUGCUCACGUUUAUGAAGUUGCAGCACAACCUGACAUUUUCAGUGUUAGGUGUACUCUUUGGUGUUCAUAGAACCACUGCAGCCGACAUCUUUAAAGCAAGUGUGACAGUCCUUGCAGCAAUAUUGCAAGAGGCAGUCUAUUGGCCAACAAAAGAAGCUGUCGUUGACAAUAUGACUGUGUACUUUAAAGAUUACACCACUGUACGCGCAGUACUUGACUGUACUGAGAUACCAUUGCAGAGGCCCAAGGACAUGGAGUCUCACUUGCUGACUUACAGUUGGUAUAAAGGUACAUACACAGCUAAAAUUCUUGUCUGUGAGACACCAGGAGGACACAUCAGCUAUGUCAGCAAUGCCUAUGGGGGAAGGGCAUCCGAUUCCUUCAUAACUAAGGACUGUAGAGUGUUGGAGAAGUUUCUACCUUCUAUAGACAGUGUUAUGGUAGAUAAGGGUUUUCUGAUUGACAAAUUAUGCCUUGAACACCACAUUAAAAUGGUGCGUCCACCUUUUUUGAAGAACAAAAAGCAGCUUUCAAAAGAUGAUGCUGAAAGAAAUCAAAGCAUUGCUGCAGCACGAGUUCACGUGGAGAGGGCAAUCCAGCGAAUGAAAGCAUUCAAGAUUUUGGGAGGAAAUGUACGAAUAGAACUUUUUCCUUUUAUUGAUGACAUUGUGCAGAUCAUAGCUGGAAUUGUGAACCUUUCUAAGCCAAUUUUCAGUGAUGACAAGUUUUUAAAUUAGGAUUUUUUUUUAAUACGA